GCUUUAUCGACUUACAACAAAUGAUUUUCGCUCCUUAAAUUCUGAUUGAACGGAGUCACCUAAAACCGCGUACAACGCGGAAGAUGUCCGCUGGCAUUUGGAACUUGGAAAUUCUUAAAUUGUUUGUAAUAUUAAACACUUUUAAACGUCCCGCCGUUUUCACGUUAUCUGCAGAGUGUUUCACAGGCGAAUACGUGUUUGUACGUAGUACGUACCCCGCUAUAGCUGAGAAAUUUUGGUUCCUAGUUUUACACCACCCUACCAUGAGUUCUACAUGAUCUGUGGGAGCAAUGCGUCGGAAGUUUAUGACGCUUGACAGUUGGUCAACAAACACAAGAAAUAACAUUUGAAAAAAUACAAUGAAUGAUUACAAAAUUCCGAUAAUCGAACCGACUAUCGAUUACACGAAGGUUCCACCAAUCAACCAAAAACGAACAAUAUCGUUCAUAAAUCAUUUCAUUGGGCAUACUGUAACAUUCCUCAAUAAAUUUGCAUUGUCAUGCGAAGAGAGAUUAUUUGAAUUUGAAAAUAAGUUACAAAGGAUAGAAGCAUCGCUAGAAAUUUUAGAAUCCUGGUUGUCAUCUGUUCCUAGUUUGGAACAAGAUCAUCAGGAGACUGAACAUCCUGUGGAAAAUGAGGACGUUAAAGAGAAAGAAGAAACUGUAUCCAAGAUAGAUGAACCUGAUAAUGUUACAGAAGAUGAGCCUAGAAGCAUACAGACUGAGCAACAACCAUUAAGCAAAGACCCACGUUACGAGGGAUAUUUCAAGUUGGUACAUUUUGGUGCACAGAAAGAAGCAGUUAAAUUAAAGAUGAAACAAGAGGGAUUGGACCCAUCUGUAUUGGACAAUUCUCAGCAAAUAAUUUCUAAGAAACAAGAAGAAGGAGAUUAAAUACUUUGUUACGUUUAUAUGUUAAGCAUGAAAGAUAUUUUUGCAUUAUAAAAUAUAAAUUGAUAUAAUAAACAAUUAUACAAAU